CAGCAUUGUGCCAUUCCAGCCGUCAAGCAACUGCAGAUGGUGCAGUCAUAUCAAGGAUAUUGCCACGGCUGUAACUCCUGUGCCCAUGAGAUGGAUAAAAGUGAUCUGAAGCACGCACCACAAUCCAUACGAGCCAGCAUCUGUUUGAAUUCCAUUUCUGCCUUUGGAGCUUCUCAAAAACGUUCAAGCUGAAGCAACCCUGCAACCCACACAGGCAAGAGGCCAUUUGAGUGCCCUUUGUGCCCUCAGAGCUUCGCCAAAAGGUUAAUCUGAAGCAACACCUGCGCAUCUACACAGGGGAGAUGCCAUUUAAUUGUCCAUUAUGCCCACAGAGUUUCUCAAGAAAGUCCACACUGAAAACUCACGUACUCACCCACACACGCGAGAAGCCAUUUCAGUGCCCUUCAUGCCCUCAGAGCUUCUCACAACAAAGUCUGCUGAACCGACACCUGCGCACCCACACAGGCAAGAGGCCAUUUCAGUGCCCUUCAUGCCGUCAGAGUUUCUCACAAAGAUGUCAUCUGAACCAACACCUGCGCACCCACACAGCCGAGAGGCCAUUUCUGUGCCCUGGAUGCCCUCAGAGCUUCUCACAAAAGAGUCAUCUGAACCAACACCUGCGCACCCACACAGGAGAGAGGCCAUUUCAGUGCCCUUCAUGCCCUUGGAACUUCUCACAAAAAAGUCUGCUGAACCGACAUCUGCGCACCCACACAGGCGAGAGGCCAUUUCAGUGCCCUUCAUGCCCUCAGAGCUUCUCGCUCAAUUCUACACUGAAGAGUCACGUUCGCACUCACACAGGCGAGAGGCCAUUUCAGUGCCCUUCAUGCCCUCAGAGCUGCUCGAGAAAGUCUACUCUGACGAAACAUUUGCGCACCCACACAGGCGAGAAGCCGUUUCAGUGCCCUUCAUGCCCUAAAAGCUUCACACAAUGGAGUAAUAUUAACCAACACUUGCGAACUCACACAGGCGAGAGGCCAUUUCAAUGCCCUUCAUGCCCUUGGUGCUUCUCGGACAAGUCUACAUUGAAGAAGCACGUGCGCACUCACACAGGCGAGAGACCAUUUCAGUGCCCUGCAUGCCCUCAGAGCUUUUCAGAAAAGAGUCAUCUGAACCGACACAUGUGCACCCACACAGGCGAAAGGCCAUUUCAGUGCCCUUCAUGCCCUCAGAGCUGUGCGGACAAGUCUACACUGAAGAAGCAUGUGCGCACCCACACAGGUGAGAGACCAUUUCAGUGCCCUGCAUGCCCUCAGAGCUUCUCACGAAAGAGUAAUCUGAACCAACACCUGCGCACCCACUCAGGCGAAAGGCCAUUUCAGUGCCCUUCAUGCCCUCAGAGCUGCGCGGACAAGUCUACACUGAACAAGCAUGUGCGCACCCACACAGGUGAGAGACCAUUUCAGUGCCCUGCAUGCCCUUGGAGCUUCUCACGAAAGAGUCAUCUGAACCAACACCUGCGCACCCACACAGGCAAGAGGCCAUUUCAGUGCUCUUCAUGCCCUCAAAGCUUCUCGGACAAGUCUAACUGAAGAAUCGUGCGCGCACUCACACAGGCGAGAGGCCAUUUCAAUGCCCUUCAUGCCCUCGGU